CUCAUCUCUUCUUUGACUCUAGGGAGCCGUCUUUUAAACUCCCAGGGAAUAACCUUUCUCUAUAUUGGAUUUUUGUCUUUUGUUUUGUUCUUCCCCUCUUAUGAAAGUGGCGACCUGUAACCUGUUGCUCCCUUGACCUUCGCUCUUGCAUUCCAUCCUGCAUCAAAAUUGGGAGUUAUCUUCGGCCUGGGGUCGUUAAUCAUGGACGCAACAGCCCUCCUGUGCAACAUCUGCCCGAAGCGUCCAAAGUUUAGCGAUGUGUCCCACUUGCUAACUCAUAUUGCCUCCAAGGCCCAUCUCUCCCAUUACUUCAAGCUCCAAGUACGCAGCCACCAGGAGUCUCAGGCCGGGACCCUCCUUGACGAAUAUAAUCAUUGGUACAAGGCCAAUAAUUUGGCGAAGCUGCUGUCAGAUCGUCUAUCUUCGAAGGACACCCGCAAGAAGAAAUCACAGGGCAAGCCAUCGGCCCAGGGUAAAAAUGUCUAUAGGGGCACAAAGGACGCCUACAAGGCUACUACUCCGUUGUCCAGCUACAACCACCACAGCACGUUUUCCGACUGCAUUGACCCACGUCUUGCGGAUCCCUUUGUGAGCCAGGGCUCUAGGACAGAGCAUACCCAGCUUCCGGUAGCCACCGCGAAUGACCGGCCAACGGUAUCUACCCUCCAUCAAUGGAAACAUGAAAACAUGCCCGACUCCGAAGAUGAAGGGACAUCCCUGAUGCACACUACGCCAUGCUGGCCCAGGACUUUUCGAACCAAAGCAGCCCCAAAAGUUCAGCUAUCAGACAGACCAUUCGGUUACGAUCCUUUCGUUGACGACAACGAUAGCCCGGAAUGUCCGCACUCGGGCGAAAUGGACAAAGUGAGGGCAGAUGAAAUGGCGAGACUCAAGGGAGUUCUAUGGCCAGGGAUGGACAUCUUUGACUCUGCUACGGAACAGAUGAAACGAAAACGUAACCAGAAGAAGGACGAGAACAUUUUGAAGAUGAUGGAAAGGACCUCGAUGCGAGUCGAGCCCACAGAGCUUGUAUUCUCCCCUACCGGUGUUUUGCGGAAACAGCGUGUGAUAUCUGGUAACGUUGAGGACAGCAGCCCUCUGAAGGGCGAGACCCCCAUUCCAAAGAAGCGGGCUACUCGCUCAAAAAGAGUCCUCGCGCAAGUGGAUCCAAACACCCGACGUGUGCCGGAGCAGAAAAGGGCCCGGAAGGGUGUCAAAGAAGGAAUGUAUGUCUAUGAUGAUGAGACAGGCGAGAGAGGGCUGCACACUCCACGAGGUGUCCUCUUUCACGGACAAGGCCCACUCGGGAGCCGCACCUCUUGCGGAGAUGAUAUGGACGAAUUCAUGUUAUCCUUCCGCAACCAAGAUAUAAAACCCCGGAAUAAGGUUGCUGUUUUUCGUGAUAUUCCAGAGGUUGGCGAACCAAAGUUGGACGAACAUCACCAUGGUGUAGAGAGAUUGCUCUCCAGAGAACCAGCCAUCUCUCAAUCAGGUCUCCUGCGGCGCGAAAUGACAGCUUCUAGCGGCUUAUUUUCCCCGCAGAUGUCCACCAAUUUCCCAUCGUUCUUCGAGAAAGGCCCACAUGUUGCCACGGAUAAAGAGAACGUGGAAGCCCUUCUGGAUGUUUACGGCCGACUUGAUCCCUUCGCACACUGGCACUCACCUGUGACGAAAAGGCAUACGAACUCUGACGCGGGGCUGCAACCACAUUUGUUAUUCGGAGAUGCGCAGUGCCUUGGGUUCAAUCCAUUUGAAACCCACGACAGCCCAACCGGCUACUCCUUCAACCCGUUAUCCUCGUCACUGUCGAGAAUGUUGACGGACGAAAAUCCUAUUUACGCGAGCGACACUAGUCGCACCUUGAAAGCCCCCUCGACCACCCGUGCGAACUCCCCGGAUGCCACGAUCUCCGAGGUUGAGGACGAUGAUUUUGGGCGUCUGUACUUGGAUGGAAGCUCUUAGCCCUUCAAAGCAAAAAUUCACUCCCAUUUGCUGCCCACCGAUCUUCCUCUAGCCGUCUUUUUAUUGCAUUUUCUAGAAGCCAAGACUCACCGUUUAUUAAGUUCAGUAUCGAUCUUGGGCCAUCGAUCAUUAUUUUUCCAUACCCGGGGAUUGUCCCGAAAUCUUUAUAUAGCUGGCACCACCGUUAUACUCAUACAUACUGACGGGUUAGGGUUUCUGCCUGGUCAGUACUUGAACUGUUGAUUAUUUGUUACUGGGGUUUUGCGCGAGUACCGUAUACAUCAGACGAGAUGAAAUGAUAUU